GUGACGACACACCAAUACAACAAAAUACUGAUAUCCAUUAUUCAGUAACUACUUACAGUGUUCUAAACGUUAACCUAACGUCGACUCUAAAUUCUAAUACUCUAUUUUCUUUUGUUAGACGAUAAUAGAUAUUAUAGUAUUUUAUUAAAAUAUUAAUUCUAAUAGUUUCAUGCGAAAUGAAGGGUAUAACAAACUUACAAUGUAUAUUUAUGCUGUUCAUUUUAUGCAUUGUGCGUUUGGGAUUUUGUGUACCGCAAAAUAAAGACGAUGUGACCAAUACCACUAGUAAUCCUACAGUUGAUCAAUCCAAAGGCAUUGAAAAAUAUUCGGCUGCUGAAAUGUGCAGCAAAUACUCGCAGUUGAUUUACAAAUAUAAAAAUGAUUCCACAUUAAUUGAUGAUGAGGAGGUAUUAAAUGAAGCUAAAGGUUGUUACAAUAACAAUUCAACCAUACUCAAAAGAUUAACCUCAAAUUUUGACGUCAAAAGGGCCGCACCGAGAGAAUUUCCUCACAUGGCGUUGUUGGGUUAUAGCAAGUAUCCCAGAGAUGAUACAUGGGCCUGUAGUGGGUCACUGAUCAGUAAUAGAUGGAUCCUGUCCACGGCGGGCUGUGAAAGACUGGGCAAUACAACGGUUGUGCAAUGGGCACGUCUGGGAGGUCUGAACUAUUCGUCGGAAACCGAUGAUGCCAGACCAACGGACUAUCAAAUCGAUCAACGUAUAGUGCACCCGGAUUUUCGAAAACCAUCAUUGUACAACGAUAUAGCGUUGUUCCAUUUGGACCAGGACGUGGAGUUUUCGUCGUACGUACGACCAAUGUGUCUUAACGCAGAUCCAAACUGGCAGUCAAGUGCCUCGCAGAUAGUGAUAUCAACUGGUUGGGGACCGAUCCUUGACGAUAAAUCAAUGAGUCUGGAUCUGCUAAAGGUUAGUUUGGACAUCAUCUCGGCGGACUUGUGCAAGAGCAAUUAUUAUGCGUCGAUUGCAGGGAGAAAACAGUUGAUGCACGGAAUAGUUGAAGACAGUAUGAUAUGCGCGGGAGAUGUGAGUGGCGAAAAAGACAUCUGUGGGGGCAUUGCUGGUAGUUCUCUUCAAGUUGUUCACGCCAAUCACGCGUGUAUGUACACUCAAGUAGGUGUCUUAUCGGCCGGUAAGGGGCAGUGCCCCAAGAAAGAUUCGCCUGAUAUUUACACGAGGGUGUCCAAGUUUUUGCCGUGGAUCGAACAAAUCGUUUGGCCCAAGUCUGGCUAAAUCAUCUUACACAUAUAACGGAUAAAUAAUAAACCUUUAACGUUGCAGCUUGUUAUCUUUAAGUAUACUAUUCCGAUUCUGUUUAUUUUUAUUUGACGCCGGGUCUGACUCGGUGUUUGUAAA